AUGGCAGAAAUUAAUGCAAAUGAUGCUAAUCAAGGUGUUUACACUAUUACAGGUGAUGUUUCGGAUAAUCAAUUUGCCAACCACACUGAACUUCGAAGUGUUGAAAUCAAGGACUGCACCACCAUUGGCAUCUAUGCUUUCUUCAACUGUACAAACAUCACAAAUGUCAAACUUCCGAAUACUAUUACAAAAAUCGGAGAAAGAGCUUUCUCAGAUUGUACACUUCUCAAAAGCAUAUCCAUCCCAGAAGGUGUUACUACAUUAGAAGAUCGAUUAUUCUACUUUUGCACUUCACUUGAAGAAAUUAAUCUCCCAGAAACACUUUUAUCGAUUGGAAACGAGUCAUUUCGAUUUUGUACUAAUCUCACAAACAUCAGUCUUCCAUCAUCGCUAACAACAAUUGGAAAGAGCGCAUUCUCAGGAUGUAUUAGCUUGACUUUAUUCAAUUCAUCGCUUCCAAACAGUUUAUCUAGACUUGGAAAUGGUGUUUUCUCUUCAUGUAUAAGUAUAACAAAUGUGACAAUACCUGAUACAAUCACUGUUCUUGGUUCUUAUUUAUUUAAUCAGUGCAAAUCAUUGCUUUCCGUUUCAUUUGGACAAAGUAUAAUAAGUAUUGGUGAUUAUUGUUUCUAUAAUUGUUCGAAUCUUGUUGAAAUCUCAGAUUUGCCAAGUAUUGAAAACAUUGGUGAUAGAUCAUUUGAUUCUUGCAUAAACCUCAGUUUUGUUUACCUUUCAGAUCAAAUUAAAUCUAUAGGUGUUUCCGCUUUCAAUAAGUGCAGGAAAUUAAAUACAAAUAACUCUGUAUUUAACUUUACCCAACUCACAGAGGUAAAACCAGGAACAUUUUCACAAACAAAUUAUGAUUUUCGUAUUAAUCUCUCAGAUCAAUGUAAGAAAAUAGGCGCAUAUGCAUUUUAUAUUGAUAAUGAAUACUAUGAAAGAUAUUGUAAUCCUUACUGGAAUUUAUUUUAUUAUAAUGGAUACAUCUCAAUUUUUACGGACGCAUUCCCUAAAUAUUUAGAAUAUGUAGUUAGUAUACAUAUCAAGGGUACGGCGGCACUGCGCGCCUCCUUAUCCAUUAUAUGUGAAUUUGACACUUUACGAAACCGUUAA